CCCAGGACGACCUGCCUGGGUCUCAGGAGGGGGUUGUGCCCUAGGCCUACAGUUUUCCUUUGCUCUGCGGGUGGAGAAUGCGGGGUGGAGGUUGGAGACAGGGCUCCAAGAGCCCCAGGGAAGUGUCAGGAAGAGGCGCACGGGCUGAGGAAGGCGUCCUAGCUCUUGCAGCCAAACACCUGGCCCGCUGCAGAAAGACCCCCAGCGCUCUACUCAGCUACCCCAGAAACUUUCUAAAGACGGGGUGUCCAGCCUGAAAGAUCCCCCAAGGCUUUGCUUAGCUACACUGCUCCACAGCUCGCAGGGCAGCCCUGCGUGGUCAGAAGCUGGGCUCUCGACGGGGUAGCCGUGUAGUGAGAUAUUAGAAGGAACGACUAAUAAACUGCUUUCACUGAACAAAAUUGCCAAAAGCAGUUGAUCAAGGAGGAGUGAUCACAAAAUACAGUGAAUGCUUAAAUGAAAACUUCAUUACAACAUGCAAAUGGAUAUUCCACAUCCAGGAACAAAUUGGCCAACUGCAUAUACCAGGCAAAAUCCACCAGCAACACCACAAGGACCGGCACAUUCUGGCUAUCCGAAGUCCGAGGGUGCAAAUCCAGGUUCCCCAACUGACUACGCAGUCCCACCACCUGACUACCCGGGUGCUGUCCAACCCAAGUUUCCUAUACAAAAUCAACAAGGAUGUAAUCAUCAGCCAGGUGGACCCACAGGGGUAUCAUGGAUGCCAGCACCAUCAGUUCCAUUGAACUGUCCACCUGGACUGGAAUAUUUAAGUCAGAUAGAUCAGAUUCUGAUUCACCAGCAAGUUGAACUUCUGGAAGUCUUAACAGGCUUUGAAACUAAUAACAAAUUUGAAAUUAAGAACAGCCUUGGACAGAGGGUUUACUUUGCAGUGGAAGAUACUGAUUGCUGCACUCGAAAUUGCUGUGGACCAUGUAGGCCUUUUACCUUGAAGAUUCUUGAUAAUUUGGGCCGAGAAGUCAUAACUAUGGAGAGACCACUAAGGUGUGAUGACUGUUGUUUCCCCUGCUGCCUACAGGAGAUUGAAAUUCAAGCUCCUCCUGGUGUUCCAAUAGGGUACAUUACUCAGAAGUGGCACCCAUGUCUGCCAAAGUAUGCUGUUCAGAAUGAGAGGAGAGAGGAUGUACUAAAAAUCACUGGUCCAUGUGUUGCAUGCAGAUGCUGUACAGAUAUUGAUUUUAAGAUUAAAUCUCUUGAUGAAGAAUCUGUAGUUGGCAAAAUUACCAAGCACUGGAGUGGGUUUUUGAGAGAGGCAUUCACAGACGCUGACAACUUUGGAAUCCAGUUCCCUUUGGACCUUGAUGUGAAAAUAAAAGCUGCGCUGCUUGGUGCAUGUUUUCUCAUUGACUUCAUGUUUUUUGAAGAAAUUAAGUGAAAAUAGGAAACAAAAUCGAGAGCAUGGUAGUGGAAUGAUGAAAGUAUCUUCAAAAAAAUUGAAAUCUAUUGUUGAGACUAUGUAAAAGAAAACUCAAUGAUUGUCCUUUCUUUACGGAAAUCACUCAUAUAUGUAAGAAUAAAGCCAUGAUGGCUUUAACUUCA